UACGUCUUUGAGUUCAGAGAAAGAAAUUACUUUUUCCUCCGUUGGAAUUCUUGUAUUGGACUUUAUGACCAAUUUUGUCGGUUCACUUAGUAUAGGAAUGUUUAUUGCGCUACUCACUGCUCUGGGCUCGAAGUAUAGCGACCUUUCCAGAUACCCCCUUUUAGAGACAGCUCUUUUGCUUUUGAUGAGCUACAGCUCUUUUCUUUUGGCCGAAACGUUUUCUUUAUCGGGGAUCGUCGGGAUCUUGUUUUGUGGUAUCGGUCAGGCUCAUUACACGUCCUUUAACUUGUCUCCUCAGGGUGACUGGCAGAACCAGCUCUCUCAGUUUUCGGAGCUUCUAAAUUUUAUGGCUGAGAACUUUGUCUUUGUCUACUUGGGGAUCUCGUUAUUCACUUUUCCAGGCCAACUUUGGAAUUUUGGGUUUAUCACUUUGUGCCUUCUAUUUUCACUGCUUUCACGCGCAGUCAACGUGUUUCCUAUCUCAUAUAUCAGUAAUCUGACCUUUUUGAGAAACAAGAAAAUCCCAUUAAAAUUUCAAUUCAUGAUGUGGUUUGCAGGUCUGCGAGGUGCCGUCGCCUUUUUUUUGGCCAUGAAAAAUACUUCAACGGAGGGAAAGCGGGUAAUAGGACUGACCACUCUUGUGAUUGUCAUUAGCACUGCGCUCGUCCUUGGAGGCGCCACCGUUCCCGUCUUAGACUUUCUAAAAAUUAAGCACUCUAAAGCUGCAAUUGCUGAAGAGACGGACUUCUACAGCAUUGCUGACCAAGGGGACGCUUCAAUGACUGUGGUGAGCCACGGCCGAUUAGCUUACUGGUGGUUAAAGUUUGACGAGUCUUGCAUGAAACCGGUUUUUUUGAGUAGGAGGCAGCAAAAAACCGAAAAUCUUGAGUUAGACGUGCAGCUGCGAACGGGGGACAGCGCUUCUAGUGAUUCUAUAAACGACCCUCAGGCCUUAGAAGAAUUGGAAAGAGAUGAUGUCUUUGCUUAAUCUCCUGAGGCAGGCUUUGCAGACAGCUAGCAAGC